UUAUACAUUUCAACUAAGGUUUGAUUUUAUCAUUUCUUAAAAAAACAUGGCUAAUAACCAUCAACCCUCACUUCGACCAUGGUCGCGCUUUGCCUCAUUGCGCUCUGUCACUGAGGCAAAGGGCAGAACACCUGAACCUUCUUCAGCACAAAAUGUAGCUGAUCCCUCUCUCGAAACAUCCCAAUCCCAACAAAAAAACACUUCCUUUAUUCUCAACAAUUCAAAUUCGAAUGCCGCAAAAUCUCAACCAACAACAACAGAACAUAUUCAUAUCCCAAACUCAAAAAUCGAAAAUUCUAAUGUCAAUGGAAAUGAUUCAUUGCAAAAGGUUCCUAACAAAAAUUGUUCUUCUGAUUCUGAGGAGUACUCAGGUAUAAGGAAGAUAACAAUUGGUGGUGAAAACAAAGGUGCUUGUAUGAAAAUAAUCCAAACUAGGAAAAAACCAAAUCAACUUCACAAAAUGGAAAAUUUAAAGAUCAAAGGCUAUGAUGAUCAAAGUAAGAAAGUAAGAACAAUAUCUUCACCACCAAUGGUUGGUGUGUACAUGAAUAGCAAUGUGCAGUGUGUGAAUAAUUCAUUGUUAUUACAUGCUUCUUGUACCCACCAUGAUCCAGGGGUGCAACUUACACUUUCAAAGAAGCCAUUUGGUAAAGGCUAUAUCAAGUGGUAGUGAAAUUAAUUGAUUUGGAGGCGGUGUUUCAAGUAUUGUUAUGGUUUAUAGUAUUGUUACAAGUAGUAGUGAAAUAAUCUAUCUUUUGCAUUGG